AGAGAACAAGUGAAAAAAUAUCCGAUAUAUCAAGAUCGUGAGAAUUUAUUCGCGAAACAAUUUUUAACAAUUUUUAACAUAAACAACGAUACUUUUAAUCUUAUCUAAAAAUUUAUAAAUAAAAUUUAUAAAUUGCUUGAUAUAUAAUAGUUUUAAAUUAAAAUAAUUCUUCGAUUGAAAAAAAAAAAAAAUUGGCAAAUUGCAAGUUGUCGGAAUCGAAGUCUCGAAAAAAAAUUCGAAACAUGGUUGUGCCUUGCGUGAAGGUGGAUCAAGCGUACGAUGAUUCGGAGAUAGUGCCGAUGAAUUAUUUGAACGAUUCUCAAUAUUAUUCGCUUAGAACGAAAAUCGUGUACUCGAUCUGGUUGGAGAAGAAUAGCGAAAAUUCAAAACAGAUAUUGGCGCGUUUUCUUAGCGAGUACAGCUUCAUUCAUGACAGCCAUUACAUGUAUACUAGAGAUCAAGAUCAGGCGACGAAUGCGGAAGAUGUCCUCUUUGAUAUGUUUAAAAACGAAGAUACCGGUCUUCUAGCGGUGGGCAAAUUUUUGGCUGCUCUGAGGACUACCGGUUUGCGAAACGACGAUCCAAGACUCCAAGAAUUCACGGAUAACUUGAGGAAGGAACAUUUGAAGACUGGGGGUCACGAAGGUGUAUCUCACGAGACGCAAAAAUUGAACAGAGAUCAAUUUAGAAGAAUUAUAAAUCCGAACAUAGUGCUGAUCUCACGGGCGUUCAGACACCAAUUCAUUAUACCCGAUUGGUCGGGUUUCACAAAGCACAUAGAGGACUUCUAUUGGAAAUGCAAGUCGAACUCGGAGGGCAAGGUCGCCUCUUAUAUACCACAGCUGGCAAGGAUGAAUCCGGAUUACUGGGGCGUUUCCGUUUGCACGAUCGAUGGGCAGAGAUUCAGCAUCGGUGACACCUCGAUUCCUUUUACCUUGCAAAGUUGCAGCAAGCCUCUGACUUACGCGAUCGCUCUGGACAGGCUGGGACAGGAAGUAGUUCAUCAGUAUGUCGGCCAGGAACCGUCCGGACGCAACUUCAACGAGCUGGUGUUGGAUUACAACAAGAAACCCCAUAAUCCCAUGAUCAACGCUGGCGCAAUCCUAGUCUGUUCUCUCUUAAAGUCUCUGAUCAAGCCUGAAAUGACUUUAGCCGAAAAAUUCGACUUCACGAUGAAUUAUUUCAAGAGGCUAGCAGGUGGGGAGAACAUGGGCUUCAACAACGCUGUAUUUUUAUCGGAACGAGAAGCGGCUGACAGAAAUUACGCGCUUGGAUUCUACAUGAGGGAGUACAAUUGUUAUCCCGAUAAAUCAAAUUUGAGAGAAAUCAUGGAUUUCUAUUUUCAGUGCUGCUCCAUGGAGGCUAAUUGCGACACGAUGGCAGUAAUGGCAGCCACUUUGGCUAACGGCGGCAUUUGUCCCAUAACCGAAGAAAAAGUUCUAAAACCUGACAGCGUUCGAGAUGUUUUGAGUUUGAUGCAUAGCUGUGGAAUGUACGAUUAUAGCGGCCAAUUUGCAUUCAAGGUUGGUAUCCCAGCGAAGUCAGGAGUGUCGGGAAGUCUUCUGGUAGUGAUACCAAACGUGAUGGGCAUUUGCACAUGGUCACCACCAUUGGAUCCCCUCGGAAAUUCCUGCAGAGGUGUCCAGUUUUGCGAGGAACUCGUCUCCGAGUUUAAUUUUCAUAGCACCUACUAUGAUCACAGGUACGACAACUUGAAGCAUGCGACUAAUAAAAAGGAUCCGAGAAGGCACAAAUACGAGACUAAAGGACUGUCGAUCGUUAAUCUUUUGUUCAGCGCGGCCAGUGGCGAUGUUACAGCGAUGAGAAGGCAUCGAUUGAGCGGUAUGGAUAUGACAUUGUCGGAUUACGAUGGUAGGACAGCUUUGCAUUUAGCUGCCAGUGAAGGACAUUUAGAUUGUGUUGAAUUUCUUAUCGAGCAGUGUGCAGUUCCUUACGAUCCUAAGGACAGGUGGGGAAAGAGGCCGAUCGAUGAAGCAGAAACAUUUGGACAUAUGCAAGUAGUAGAAUAUCUGAAUAAUUAUGCUGUGGCUCGAAAAACUGAAAUGGAAAAUGAAGAAAAGGAGAAUAACAAUAAUGAUGAAAGGAAUUCCCGAACAGUCGCAGAAUCUGCAAUUCAAACGCCAUUACCAUAAGAUUAUUGCGGCAUUAGAUAGGAUAUUUAUUUUUGGGAAGAUAUAUGGUACGAUGAUUGAUUGAACAGAAAUGGAACGCGUGAUAUAAUUAUAA